GACUGUCAGGGCGGGAGGAGCUGUGAGCCAAAGGUAGCAGCCGCCAAGCAAGCAAAGCCAAAAGCCAGGCUACCUGAGUGCACGGAGUCUCAGCGGCAGAGGCUCCUCAGGAGACACAGGCAGCGCAGCUAGCCGGGGCAGCUCGAGCAGCCUCACAAGCAGUCUCCACAACAAAUAGCUGCUCCGCGGACUGCAAGCUGUGGCGGUAGAUCCCGCUACAGCAAUCGCAGUCUCCGUGGAGCUGUCUGAAGCCUUUUUUUCCUCCUUUUUUCGUCCCCCUCUUCAUUCUACUCAAGAGGAGUCUUAAUAGUAGGAUUGAAAACGUUUUCCUCUGGGUUUUGACAUGUAUACCGUGACCUGACAAACAGUAUCUUUGGUGUCGAGACUGGUAUGGACUUGUUGUCCGGGACGUAUAUAUUUGCGGUCCUGUUAGCAUGUGUCGUGUUUCAGUCUGGCGCCCAGGAGAAGAAUUAUACGGUCCAAGAAGAAAUGCCAGAGAACGUCCUGAUUGGCGACUUGUUGAAAGACCUCAACUUGUCUCUCAUUCCUGACAAGUCCUUAACCACUCCUAUGCAGUUCAAACUAGUUUACAAAACCGGAGAUGUGCCAUUGAUUCGGAUUGAAGAGGGUACUGGUGAGAUCUUCACUACCGGCGCUCGCAUUGAUCGUGAGAAAUUAUGUGCUGGAAUUUUGUUGGAUGCCCGUUGCUUUUACGAAGUGGAGGUUGCCGUUUUGCCAGAUGAAAUAUUUAGAUUGGUUAAGAUACGCUUUCUGAUAGAAGACAUAAAUGAUAAUGCACCGUUAUUCCCUGCCACUGUCAUCAACAUUUCAAUUCCAGAGAACUCCGCUAUAAACUCUCGAUACUCUCUUCCGGCAGCCAUUGAUCCAGACAUCGGAAUAAAUGGAGUCCAAAACUACCAGCUAAUUAAGGGUCAAAAUAUUUUUGAUCUUGAUGUCAUUGAAACACCAGAAGGAGACAAGAUGCCACAGUUGAUUGUUCAAAAGGAAUUAGAUAGAGAAGAGAAAGAUACCUAUGUGAUGAAAGUAAAAGUUGAAGAUGGUGGCUUUCCUCAAAGAUCUAGUACAGCUAUUUUGCAAGUAAGUGUUGCUGACACAAAUGACAACCAACCAAUCUUCAUAGAGAAGGAAAUUGAAGUCAGUAUACCAGAAAAUGCUCCUGUAGGUUCUUCAGUGACACAGCUCCAUGCCACAGAUGCUGACAUAGGUGAAAAUGCCAGAAUCCACUUUUAUUUCAGCAAUCUAGUCUCCAACAUUGCUAAGAGACUGUUUCAUCUUAACACUACCACUGGACUUAUCACUGUGAAAGAACCACUGGAUAGGGAGGAAUCACCAAGCCACAAGUUAUUGGUCUUGGCAACUGAUGGUGGAUCAACACCAGCAAGAGCCGUGGUGCUGGUAAAUGUUACAGAUAUCAAUGAUAAUGUUCCAUCAAUUGACAUAAGAUACAUCAUCAAUCCAACCAAUGGCACUGUGCUUCUUUCAGAGAAUGCUUUACUUAACACUAAAAUUGCUCUCAUAACUGUGAUGGAUAAGGAUUCUGAACAUAACGGUAGGGUGACCUGCUUCACAGACCAUGAAGUCCCUUUUAGAUUAAGGCCAGUAUUCAGUAAUCAGUUCCUCUUGGAGACUGCUGCAUUUCUUGACUUUGAGUCCACAAGAGAAUACGCCAUCAAAUUAUUGGCUGCUGAUUCUGGUAAACCUUCUCUGAAUCAGUCAGCCAUGCUUCUGAUUAAAGUAAAAGAUGAAAAUGACAAUGCUCCAGUUUUCACCCAGUCUUUUAUAAGUCUUUCUGUUCUAGAAAAUAACUCUCCUGGUGCACAGUUGACAAAAAUCAGUGCAACAGAUGCAGAUAGUGGACGCAAUGCUGAAAUAAGCUACCUGCUAGGUUUUGAUGCACCGCCUGAAUUCAGCCUGGAUCGUCAUACUGGCAUCCUGACUGCUGUGAAAAAACUAGAUAGAGAAAAACAGGAAAAAUAUUAUUUCACAGUGCUGGCACAGGACAAUGGUAUUCCACCCUUAAUGUCUAAUGCUACUGUCUUCGUGACAGUUCUUGACCAGAAUGAUAACAGUCCAAUUUUCACGCAUAAUGAGUACAACUUCUAUGUCCCUGAAAACCUUCCAAGACAUGGCACAGUCGGGCUAAUAACUGUGACUGAUCCUGAUUAUGGAGAUAAUUCUGCAGUUACUCUCUCCAUCUUAGAUGUGAAUGAUCAGUUCACUAUUGAUCCACAGACUGGUGUGAUCAGGCCAAAUAUUUCAUUUGACAGAGAAAAACAAGAGUCCUACACUUUCUAUGUAAAGGCUGAGGAUGGUGGUAGGGUAUCACGUUCUUCAACGGCUAAAGUAACUAUAAAUGUGGUUGAUGUCAAUGAUAACAAACCAGUUUUCAUUGACCCUCCUUCCAAUUACUCCUUUGAAUGGGUUUUGCCUUCUACAAAUCCAGGUACAGUUGUCUUCAAGGUUGUUGCCAUUGAUAAUGACACCGGAAUGAAUGCAGAGUUGCGUUACAGCAUCAUUGGAGGAAACCUAAAAGGACUCUUUAUGAUUGAACAAAUAUCAGGCAACAUCACAUUGAAGGAGAAAUGUGUUGUUUCAGAUCUUGGUUUACACCGAGUGAUAGUCAAAGCUGAGGAUUUAGGACAACCUGAUUCUCUCUUCAGUGUUGUAAAUGUCAACCUGUUUGUGAAUGAGUCAGUGCCCAAUGAUACAAUGGUUUAUGAACUGGUGCGCAAAAGCAUUGACUCGCCUGCAACCCAAAAUACCGAAACAACUAAUGCAACCUUACCAACCUCUGACUAUGUCAAGAUCAUGGUUGCCAUUGUUGCUGGCACCAUAACUGUAGUCCUAGUGAUUUUAAUAACUGCUGUAGUAAGAUGCCGUCAAUCACCACACCUUAAGGCUUCUCAGAAAAACAAACAGAAUUCUGAGUGGGUUACUCCAAACCCAGAAAACAGGCAGAUGAUUAUGAUGAAGAAGAAAAAGAAGAAAAAGAAAAAGCAUGCCCCCAAGAACCUGCUGCUCAAUUUUGUUACUAUUGAAGAAGCAAAGCCAGAUGAUGCUGAAAAUGAUAGAAAUAGUGUCACACUAGACCUUCCCAUUGAGCUGGAAGAGCAAACCGUGGGCAAGUACAGCUGGGGCACUACACCUUCUACCUUUAAGCCUGAUAGCCCUGAUUUGGCUAGACACUACAAAUCUGCUUCUCCUCAGCCUGCCUUCCAGAUCCAGCCUGAAACACCCCUGAACUCAAAGCACCACAUCAUUCAGGAACUGCCUCUUGAUAAUACUUUCGUAGGCUGUGAUUCCAUCUCAAAGUGCUCCUCCAGCAGUUCUGAUCCCUAUAGUGUUUCUGAGUGCAGCUAUCCAGUGACAACUUUCAAGACCCCUGUGUGUGUACAUACCCGACAGUCAAUGAAGGAAGUAGUACGAUCUCACACCCCCAUGAAAGAGGCAACAACUGUGGAAAUCUGGACUCAUCCUCACCCACAGCGGAGAUCUGAAGGGAAGAGGGCAGGAAAGUCUCAGCGGCGUGUUACAUUUCACCUUCCAGAAGGCUCUCAGGAAAGCAUCAGUGAUGGUGGAUUGGGAGACCAUGAUUCAGGCAGCCUUCCCAGCCUAUCCCAUGCCCUACCUCUUGGCUAUCCUCAGGAAGAGUACUUUGAUCAUGCUGCACCAAACAACCGCACUGAAGGAGAUGGCAACUCUGAUCCUGAAUCUACUUUCAUUCCUGGACUAAAGAAAGUUGCAGAAAUAACAGUGCAGCCAACUGUGGAAGAAGCCUCUGACAACUGCACUCAAGAAUGCCUCAUCUUGGGUCACUCUGAUUCCUGCUGGAUGCCAGCUUCUCUGACCCAUCCCAUCCCUCAACAGAUACAGACCUCUGCUCUCUGCCACAAUCCACCCAGGACCAACACAUCAGUUCAUCGCUGCAGCCCUCCAGUGACACAGACUGUCGGUAUCUGCCAAAUCCCCCCUGUGACACAGCCUAUUGCACUGUGCCAUAGCCCUCCAUCAGUACAGGCAGCUUCUCUCCAUCACAGUCCUCCUUUAGCACAGGCAACUGCACUCUGCCAUAGUCCACCACCAGUAAAGGCUUCUGCAGUCUGCUAUAGCCUGCCUCUAUCACACUCUCUGGUAAUUCACCAUAGUACUCCUCUGUCACAGGCUGCUACACUCCAUAGCACUCAGGUCCAACAACCAAUGAGUUUGCAGCAAGGAUGGGUGCAGGGUGCUGGAGCUGAUGGACUGCAUCCCCUCGAUCAGGGAGUACAGGGUAGUACAAGAUCUCAGUUUUAUACCAUGGCUGAAAGACUUCAUCCAGAUGAUGACUCAAUUAAAGUCAUUCCAUUGACCACCUUUACUUCAGGUCAACUGUCCAGAUCCUCAAAGGAUGAUUCUCCCAUCAUGGAAGAACAUCACUUAUAAAGCCUUUAUGGAUAGUUCACAUUUUCAAAAAUAUGUGUAUAUAUUCAAAGAUUAAAGUUCACAUUUAAUGAAUAUUCUAAAUUAGAAAAUUUGUAAAUAGCUCUGUAAAUACCAAAUACCAGGAUAAGACUAGAGCUAGACCCCUUAGUAAAAGAUUAUAAAAAUCAAUUUAAAAUUUGUGAUUUGGACUGUAAAUUUUCAAAAGAAACAAUUAAAUUAUAUCUCUAUGUGUGGAAAGGCUUAUCAUGAGAAAAAUUAAUAUCUAUAAUAUAUUUCUGAUGUAUGGUAAUUUUUUUCCACUAUGUGCAAUAUGAUUUCAUCCUUUCUGAUUUUUGUUGAUUCAGUAUGUAGUUUUUGGGAAAUUGGUAAAGAUAUGAUUUUUCAAGUUUACUUUCAGUUUGUCUGUUUUUUUUCCAAGUUUACCUUUAAUCUGCCUAAACAUUUGUUCAGAUAAAAUUAGAUGGCAUAAGUACUGUAGCAUUUUUUGUUCAUCUUUUUGUUUUGUUUAUUUUAAUUGCCUGUGGGUUUUUAUUGUCUAUAUUUCUACCUUGAAAAAUUUAUAGCACGGGGUAAAAAUAAGAUCUUUUACAGUUUUUGUCUCUAUUCUUGUUUUUUUUUAAAUGUUUUCUACCCUUAUUUUAAGAAUAUAUUGAUAUAAUUUGUAUAUACAUGUUUUUUCCAAAAAGAACAUAUAUAAACUGUACAUAUCUAGGUUUUUGCUUAUUUCUCUACUCUUCAGUUGCAUUCAAGACAGUGAAGUGCAAUAACUAUGCCCAUAUUAGGCACCUAUUAGCCUAAAUGUUCGUGUGCUUUUUUAUAUUUAUAAACCUUUGUAGUGUAAAGUAUAUCAGAAAUACUAUUGUAUCUGUCAUGGUAAGCCUAUAUUCCAGUAAGAAUUGGGUGCUUCUGUUCUGGAAUUUGUAUAUAAAAAUCACCAAGAAGGUGUUAACAUAUAACCACUACCACAAAAUAAAAUUUUCUAAAGAUGAUGAGGAUGAUUUAAAUAUUGAUUUGACAGCUCAGUGGCUGUUGCUGAAAGACGCUCAAUGAAAAAAACAAAGUUGUAUAUUAAACCCUGUAUUAAGUAUAUAAGACUAAGGGAUUUUUAUCAAUCUAGCUCAAUUUACUGAAGAAAACUACUGAAAACAAGAUGAAAGUAAGGAAAGAACUUUUUAAGAGACUUAAUUCUAAACCUACAGCACUGAAUUUCAAGGAGAUGUGUAGAGGGAGAAAUAAGGUUCGUGACUGCCUCUCGGGGUAAAUAAUAACUACCCCAGUAACAGUGAACAACAAAAUCUCACAUAUGAGAAGAAUAUAUUCUAAACAAAGAAUACAGUAAUAUCCGUAGGAAACAUUACUUUCCAUUUGUUGUAUACACAUUGCUUUCUGUUUUGUCUACUUAACUGGGCAUUAUCUUCUGUGUGUACAUUUCGCAAAUUUACAGAAACACUACAAGCUUAAUUUUCUCCCAUAACAAAAUCAAGAAAGUGUCUAGUUUCAAUAUCAUACUAAACAAAUAAUUAAUUUAUGUUUGGGUUGGGGGUGCUGAAUAUUUCUUGUUGAUUAAAUUUGGUGUGGACUUCGUAAUGUGUAACUUGAAGAUAUGUAAUUUAUGAUUAAACUGUGUGUAAAUGUUGUAAUAUAAACUAUGAUAAAUGUAUAAUUUCACUAGUAAUGUUUUCCAAUGAAUGUUGAUAAAAGUUCUCCUUCAUGUUCCAGGUAGGUUAAGUAGUGUUGAGAAUAUAUUGUUCCCCUUGUGCAGCUCGUUAGAUUGCAUAUGAUUUGAUGUACAGUAUAAGUUCUUAACUUUUAACACCUAGAGUUUAAUUAGUGAAAUUUCAAAUUAGUUAGUACUAUUGCUCUUUCCGUCUUUGUAUGUGUGGGUGGUUUCAGGGAUUUGAAGCACACUGGUUUUCCAGGUGUACAAACCCCCAAAAGACUGAUGGUUUUUAAAACUUUAUUGAAAUAAGAUCACAUAUACGUAUUGAUAUUGUUGUUGCUAUUGUUGCUGUUAAUGAAGAUUCUAAACCUGGGGAAGAUAAGAAACCCAGAAUGACAAAAUCAGUUCUUCCAGUAGACUGUUGUUUUUCCUCUAAACACACACAUACAAAAAAGAAAAAAAGAACAACUACAAAAAAAGAGUUAUGUGAGUGAGAAAUGGUUCUUUUGUUUUAAUUAUUUACACAUAUUCUUUCCAUAACUAGUAUAGACAUAGUCAUCCACAUAUACACAAAUUUAAAAAGAGAUAAAAACUGGCAGUAAAAUUUUAUUAAAUAAUGUAUCAGAAAUAUGAAUGCUUAUUUUAGUAAUGGAAAUAUGGAACCUGAAAAAUAUAUAUUUGAGAUAUUUUUAUGAUUAUGAGACUUAUGGAAUUAGUAGGGAAGCUUUUAUAUUCAUAAGUUUAACAAUUUGUUAAGUGUUAAUACCUUUCCUAGAAAUAUAGGAAUGAACAAAUAUGCUUUUGUUGCCCUUUCUAAAUCUGAUUUUAUAAUCAGACUUAGACAGUGUUUAGGAAAUGAAAUGACUGGGCACAAUCUUCUGGUUUUGUACCAGAGUGAAACUGAGUGGAAGCAGGCUGGGCAUAGCCAAAGAGGCAAGGGGUGUGAGCCCAGUAAUUCUCCCCAUGCAUUCUCUUUCUUAGCUUCCACUAGGUGUAGCCUUGGAAUCCAGGAAUCUCCGUGGCUUCAGAUUUGAUGAGAUCUAUCUCAUCUCAUGAUAAAUUCUUUCUUUGAAUGGAUGGACAGAAAUAUAUGUUAAAAAAACUCACUAAUGGUUCUUCUGAAAAGCAAAACAUGUUUUCCUAGAACAGCAAAGUAUCUUACUUUAUAAUGAGUCAAAAAAUGUUUCCCUCAGAAAAAGAGAAAGAUCAGCUUUUUUUGAAUUUAGACAGGGAUUUGGUAUUUUCAGAAUAUGUUUACCAAACUGGUUAUUCUGUAUUGUCCUCAUAUUCAGUUAAAAGGUGACUAUUAAUUUUCUUGCUAUAGCUUUAGUAUACACACUUGUAACUCUAUUCAAACACUGUGUAUCUCAUGUAAUAAAUACAUACACAUUAAUUCUCAAACUAUCUCCAAGUUUUAACUAAUACAAUGUCAAUGUGUUAAAACUAACUUUUAUUGAUGAUACAAUCAAUGUAAACAAUUUAGAGAGUUCAUUUUAUGUAGUCUCAUUUAGUAAUUUAACAAUUUGUUUUUAGUUAUGCCAAUUUGGUUAAAAAAUAUUGCUAAAUGACAAGUGCUAUUAUGCAAUGAUGACAGUAUGAAUAGCUUCUGCCUUCCCAAACUGUUGGUCACACACGCUCAUAAAAACAGUAAAAUAGUAGACCAAUUAGCUCAUAUUUGGGUAGUCCUUAAAAUACAAUCAUGUCAUAAACAAAGAGAUCAUUUUCAGUCCUGAAUAAAUUAAAUGGCAUUUACUCCUAAACAUAUUUAAAGUUUUCUUUAAUUAUUUUUAUGAAGGUUGAAUAUGCAUGCAGCUAAUAUACAUUUAUGAAAAUGUAAUCCUUUACAUUCUUCUGAUUUAUAAUUCACUGUGGUUAUACUUUUUAAUUUUUUUUUGUAAACCCAACUUUAGUUAUACUGAAGUGAAGAAUUUUCUCACAAACAUAAGGUACUAUAUUUGGAAUUUCUAAGGGGCUUAAUUGUCCUGGAUAAUAUGAGAGCAGAGGAGCUGACUAUAUUUGGGCAGAGACUUUUUUGAUAACAUUUGACAAUUAUCACACUAUAGAAUCCUAUUCAGAACCUUAAAAUAUUCAUCCACAGUCUCUUUUUUAUACUAACCACCCAUGUGAUUUUCAUAAAUAUGAUUGUCAAAAGUACUGCAAGUUUACAACAGGAGGACUAGAGAAGAAAGGGAUGCUCAUAAAAAGGUGUGUGCACAAAUUUAAAAAGGAAGGCAACUUUUUGUGACUGUAUAUGAUAAUUAUAGGGAUAAAACUUGUGAAAUUUUUGUUGUCCCUGCUUAAAAUAUUUUAAAUUUUAUGAACUGGGUAUUUAUGCUUUUAUUUGGGGAAGAUUCCUCCUCUGUGGUACCAUAUAGAUUCUGACACUGAACAAUGACCCGAAGUAUGGGACGUUUGGAAGUGAAAGAUUGCAUAUUUUUGGACACGUAUGGCUGUAUAUAGUCAAGUGGCAAGUGUGUAUUAAUUGUUCUAUUUCAGGCUCUGUAUUGCAUGUUUUCUUAUUCAUAAACAGAGAUAUUAAUAAAGUAGUUAUGAAAAAUAAUUACAUUUUAUGAUGUGUUUGUUUGAAGCCAAAAUAAAAAACUGACCUGGUACACUGGACUUAUGAGGCCAUGGGUUCAAACACCAG